ACUGAUAGCACCUAUGACCAACCCACGAACAUAUAUAGGAAGUGUGACACUUUUGCGCCAAGCGCAGUUCUCGUUCAAACAGCGGCCGGCAAGCAUUCCAGAGUGAACGCGUGGUCCUUUGCUGGGGACUAUCGGCGCGUAAAUAGUGCAUUGUUUAUUUCGAAACUAAAUGGCCUCACCUAACGCAUAAAAGCCAGCUGUGAUCCCCGCCACACAUUCGGUGUCCUUACCAGUAACGAGCAAAAUGUCGAAAACCACUCCGCUAGUGGUUCGUUUCAAGGACGCAACAUAUGACCUCAGCGAAUUCGCCCACAAACACCCGGGUGGAAUUAACACGUUGAAGGGCCUUCACAACCAGGACAUGCAGGAACGAUUCGCGAAGGCACCCGCUCACUCUAACGCCGCAACGUAUUUGAUGAAGGAGUACAAAAUCUGUGAUAAUAACAAUAACAUUGACAACCACAAAGUGUCCGCCAGCAGUGACAAUGGUCAUUUGAACGGGUUGAUGAAUGGAACCAACGGAACCAUCAGUUUGAAUGGCACCAGCAAUGGCUACCUGCCACAGAACACCGAUGACAGCAUGGAGCACCUCGUUGACUGGAGUAAGCCUAUGCUGACGCAAAUCCCCACUCUAGGCGAACACUAUGUUGAGUGGGUUAACAAACCGGUAGACCGAAAACUGCGGCUCUUCGGGCCCGCCUGGCUAGAAAAUCUAACCAAAACACCGUGGUGGGUUGUGCCAGCAUUUUGGAUACCAUCCAUUCUGUACCUUAUUCAUCUGGGAGUGCAACGCCAAUUGUCAAAACCCGUCGAAGACCUCACGCUGAGAGAUCACCUCUCUCCUGUAGUUAUAGGUUGCCUUUGCUUUGGGGUUUCAAUCUGGACCCUGCUGGAGUACACUUUGCAUCGUUGGGUGUUUCAUCUGGACCCGAAGAAUAAUUGGAUGCUCCAUACAUUCCAUUUUCUGAUUCACGGACUGCACCACAAAGUACCUUUCGAUCCGUACCGAUUAGUAUUUCCGCCGGUUCCGGCCAUACUGUUAGCUAGUUUUUUCUAUCAGCCUGUGAGACUUUUAUUGCCCCACCCGCUUCUGAUGUUAUCUGGUGGACUUAUAGGUUACCUUGGCUAUGACAUGAUCCAUUACUACAUUCACUACGGCAGCCCCAAUGGUGGCCACCUGUAUUAUAUGAAGCGUUAUCACUACCAGCACCAUUUUGUCCAUCAUGAACUAGGGUUCGGAAUCAGCAGCGCUAUAUGGGACAAUGUUUUUGGAACAACAAUUCUGUUGCGUAAAUUGAAAUAUUUGCUGAAAUGGUAAAACGUUGAUUGCACUUGUUCUAGAACAAGAAGAGGACCAAAAAUUCUAGAAAUAAAUAAAAAAAAACAUUCCUAUAAACAACGGUUUAUUCGAUACUGCUUUUUGGAUUUAAGUACACAUUUACUCUAUAAGUACCAUAGUAAGAU